AUGAGAUUCGGCAACCGAGUAAUUCUGGAUGACGUGUCACUCCACGUUAACCCGCAAGAAAUCGUGGGUCUGCUGGGUCCCAACGGCGCGGGCAAGAGCACCACCUUCAGCAUCGCGGUCGGCCGCGAGACCCCGACAGCUGGCGCCGUGCGAUUGGGCGGCGCUGACGUCACGGGGCUGCCGCUCGAGCGGCGGGCGCGGAUGGGCGUGGCGUUUCUGGCGCAGGAGGCGAGCAUCUUUCGCGGGCUCAGCGUGGCGGAUAACAUACGGCUCGUGCUGGAGGAGGGACCGCUACCAUAUCACCUGCAUGACGCCCGGAUAGAGGAGCUGCUACGCAAGUUUGACCUGGUCCACGUGGCACACACAAUGGGCCGCCACCUGUCCGGUGGGGAGAGGCGAAGAGCGGAGGUUGCUCGAGCCCUGGCAGUAAAGGACAGCGAUUGCAACCCGCCACGGCUGCUAAUGGUCGAUGAGCCGUUUGCAGGUGUGGACCCCAUAGGCGUGCAGCUGAUGCAGAGCAUGCUGUGUGCGCUGAGGGAGCAGGACGCCAUGGCCAUUCUCAUCACGGAUCACAAUGUGGCGGAGACACUGGGGGUGUGUGACCGCGCGUAUGUGAUGCAUGAGGGGAGGGUGGUGGCGUGUGGCACGCCGGAGCAAGUGUUGGAGGACCCACUGGUGCAGAGGUUCUAUCUGGGGUCGGCAUUUGCUCGACAGGCAGUAUUGUGA